AUGGCGAACCCGUCGGCGCAACAAGAGGAGGCCACCAUCUCCAUCCCGUCUCUUCUCUUCGUCGGCGUGCUCCUCUUCUUCUCGUACCGGUACUUUUUCCCCUCGAGCCCCGGGUCCUCCGCCGCCUCCGGAUCUUCCUCGUCGUCGACAGCCCGCGGCGCCAAUGGCCUGCGCUUCACUGCCGCGCAGGUCGAGCAAAUCACUGCCAUGUUCCCACAGCUAAGCCGCCGCGACGUCAUGUGGGAUCUGCACCGCAACCGUGGUAGCGUCCAGGCCACGACUGAGCGUGUAUUGAUGGGGCGGGGGCUCGAGCCGGCCCCACCAUCUUUUCAGCCACCGAUCACGUUCGCGACCACGAGCUCAAGUCCCAGUGCAGCAAGCAGCGCGCCGAAGAAGGACGAGGUGGAUUUGAUAACUCGCUACAAUCUACAGGGCCGUGUGGCCGGGAAAGGGAAGGAGCGGGAAGAGGAGGAACCCGCGGCGGGGUGGCAGCAGGAUAAGUCAGAGCGGGCGCGGAUAUUGCAGCGGCGGCGGGACGAGAUGAUACUGGCCGCGAGGCGGAAGAUGCAGGCGCGGGACGAGGCCGUGGGCGGACUGGCGCCGGCCGAAGCUGUGUCUGGAAGUUGA